AUCUCAAUUAGUAACGAUAAGCUUUGUCCUAAACAUAUUUUUAUUUGCAAUAUAAUUUAGAUCCUCAGAAUGCCCCUAUGGUUGCGGAUUGUGCUAGUUCUAGCAAUAUGUGUGGCUGUGGCCCACUCACACAAAGCAAAAACCCAGAAAAGUAUCGAUGGAAUGCACGACUUCACCAGUCCCAGGAAUCCGAUACUACCUUCGAAUUUGGUCGAUGAAACCAGCGCGGAGUCCUCGCCGGUGAUCGCGGGCAUGAUGCCCGACUCUUUCGGAGAGAUGUUCAACUUUCUGGACGGAGACAGUUUCGGAAUUGGUCCAAUGCACGAAUUCGUCUACGGCUGGCAAGCGAUAGUGAACACUAUGAGUAUGAAGAAUAACGUUGAAGUUCGCAAGCGAGCCGGCCUCCAGCGCUUUGCUCUAGCCGGUAUCAAUGGCAUCACGCUCAUAUCGCAUAUAGGAGUAACUGAGAUCAUGAUCAAUGGAACUAGAAGUUACUGCUUUGGAGGGGUUUCUAGGCCGCCCGGCAGACGCAGUGUUAUUUGCAAGGGUGCGCUGUACCAAGAGAAUCGGUUCUCUUGCCGAGUUCCGUACCUGAGAUACCCGACGCCGUUAGGGUAUCGUUACUGCAUAGACAAGUACGCCUCCGUUCACUCCUUAGACGGGACUUAUAAGACCGCAUACUGCGGACGCGGAGAAUCAAUCCCAAAGUUCCAUUACGACUAUAUAUGCGAACGCCGAGACGUGAAGAUCAAGAGGGUCAACCUUACCGACCCUAACGAGCGGAACAACAUAAAGACACCCGUGGUCCGUAGGGCCGAGUACUACAGAGGACCGUAUGAUAUACUGAAGGCUUGUCCUGAUUGGUACGGCUGCAACCUGCGCAUCUCCCCUGAAUCUCCUAAUCAGGAGAUACCACCGAGGCUUCUGCAAGGCAAUGACACCGCCUUCGUGGGCCAAGGAGGGAAGUACUGGCUCUCGCUUUAUUAUACACCGUUGUCAACGUACUCCAUUUACUUCCAAGCUCACGCGGAGUAUCCGUGGCAGUCGCACAGGCCAGUCACUACGAACAAUAAAAAGGGCGGCAUAUGGGAGCAGCUGCUGAAGGCGAACAUCGGGCCGGACAUGAACCUGCACUACAACCUGAACGGGAUCUACAACCGCUACCCCGCCGCCGCCGCCGUGCCCGACCUCAUGCGCAACGACGGAGAGAUACACCCAGCCAACUUCCGCACCAAUGUCCGAGACCCUGCCAACGAGGGCAUACACGCCACCAGGCUGGGAGCCGACGGGCCUGAUGGACAGCCGAAUCUCGGUCCAUACCAGUUUGGGCGCGACGCACAAGCGCAAGGAAACUUCCAGCAGGGUCAAAACAUGAGCUGAAGCGGGAAUACACGCAUAUUACUAGUAUUUAUUGUUUCAUUUCAUGAAAGAUUUAGGGCGGCUUGCAAGAACGUCUUAAAACUCGAUUUUGUUCAACUUAAGCUCAGUUUAAGCGUAAAUCAGCAAAAUCCUCUUGCACGAUCUCGAUUUAGUGUCAAAUCUCGAUUUAGAGAAACGUCAAAAUUAAACCGGCAAUAUCUCGGUUUUACGCGUAAAUCGAGAUUUAACUUCUUUGUCAAAUGUCAAAAGCAAUCUUUGAAGUAUUCUUUUUGGUUGUUUUGUUGUUAGUAAUUAGAAUUUCUAGUUAACUUACUCGGUAAUAUCAAAAAUGUUUGAGGCGAUGGGAUAUGCUCCCAGCCAAUGCCAGCACUCUAGGCAGUUGCGGAAGCCUCCAGACUACGUCACACCUUAUAGAGUGCCCUUACGCCCCAAAGUGCAGUCAAGGAGACCUGAUGAAGGCCAAUUACCUCGCAAUAAGAGUAGCAAAACACUGGAGGAAGUUAGCUUAGUGCAUUUACACGGUAGAAGAAGAAGGAGAUCAAAAAUGUAUUACUCAGACGAUAAAGAAAUGAUUGAAUACUUGAAUACCCCUUACUUUUCUAGGAGGGUUAACUUCUAAAAUAACAGAUUUGUUUCGUGCUUAUCGAGAUGAUGAAUUUAUUAAAAGCUUUCGUCUUACAAAGAAUACCACAACAAUGUAUAUAGACCAACCUUCUCGUGCCUUACAGUCUGGGAACAAUGCAAGAACUUCGCUGAUCAAUAACUAUUUUGCAAGGUUAUAGCGUCACCAGUACCAAACACCAGUUGAUUUAAAAACAUGUUUAUUAUUAUUAAUUACCACUGUAUAUUAUAUACCUAAAUCUUAAAAUA